UUGUAGUCAGUGCACGUGGGGUCGGAGCAGAGCAGCAAUGUUGCGCAGGGAGUUGCGGCUGCGCAGGGAGUACCUGUACAAGAAGGCGCAGGAGGCCAAGCUGCACAGUAUUGAGGAGAAGAAGGAGAGGCUGAAGCGAGCGCUAGAAGAGAACCGACUGAUCCCCACAGAGAUCCGCAGGGAGGCGCUGACCCUACAGAAACAACUUGAGUUUGAUGAUGAAGGAGGAGAAGGUGUCUCCUCCCAUGUGGAUGAUGAGUACAAGUGGGCCGGGGUGGAAGACCCCAAAAUCAUGAUUACGACAUCGAGGGACCCCAGCUCCCGGCUGAAGAUAUUUGCCAAGGAAAUGCGACUGAUCUUCCCCAAUGCCCAGCGCAUGAACAGAGGCAAACACGAGGUGGGGGCACUAGUGCAAGCCUGCAGGGCUAAUGAUGUCACUGAUCUGCUGAUUGUACAUGAGACAAGAGGAAUGCCAGAUGGGUUAAUUGUUUGCCACCUUCCGUUUGGCCCCACCGCCUACUUCACCCUGUGUAACGUGGUUAUGAGACACGACAUCCCGGAUCUGGGCACCAUGUCUGAGGCCAAUCCCCACCUCAUCUUCCACAACUUCACUUCUCGCCUCGGCCAAAGGGUGGCCGACAUCAUGAAGUACUUGUUCCCUGUUCCCAAAGAUGAGAGCAAGAGGGUGGUAACCUUCGCUAAUCAGGAUGAUUACAUUUCAUUCAGGCACCACGUGUACAAAAAAACAGACCACAAGAACGUUGAGCUGUCGGAAGUGGGGCCACGCUUUGAGAUGAAAUUGUACAUGAUAAAGCUGGGCACCCUGGAGAACGAGAGCACGGCCGAGGUGGAGUGGAGAUGGCACCCGUACACCAACACCGCCAAGAAAAGGAAGUACCUCAGCGCUCAAUAGGCCACGUGUCUCCCCACUCAAUAGGCCACGCUGGGGAGAUUGUUUUUGUGUAAAGGGAGGGGCAAGUUGACAUUUAUAGUCACAGUGGGUUGGAGACCCCAGAUCCCACACACUGGCUCCAUGAAGCACCGCUGGGGGAGUGGGUGUAGCCGGCACAUGCUGAAGUUUAUGUUGGGAGGGGGAACCAGCGCCUGUGAGGGCCCAGUGUUCAUUUGGACCAGGCUGAGCCUCCCUGCAGACAAUAAGUGGACGGACAGACAGACGGUUCCACGAGAUCCCACUGAACAGAAGCAAAUGACUCACAAGACACAAAUUACUUUAUAUUGAGGGGGUGCUCGUUUUAUCACAAUGGGGCUCGCGACUGGGCUCACAAAUUCCUUUCUUGCCCAAAUAUCGCUGUUUAGCAAAGUUAUUACAUUAGGGUUAUUGCAAGUGUUUUGUCCAAUGAAGGGGCACCAGGCCCCCAUGUUUUGUCAGUUGUUUUGUACAGGGGCUUUGCAAACCUUAUUAAUUCAUGGGAGGGGGGGGGGCACAAUCUAUUACAAUAAAAAUGAAUGUAGAA